GUUAGCUGCUAGCUAACUGGGCUAGCCGAACUUCACUUCUGAAAUGUCUCCGCUUAAGGUACUUGAACGUUGUAUUUUUAUUUUUUAAAGCAACUUUUAGACAAAUGAAUGUUCGAACAGACCACAAGAGAAGUCUGCGUACCAGUUAAUUUGAUGCAGCCAGAGGGAGCAAAGGAGCAAAGGAAGCAUCUUUUGAGCAGAGCCUUUUCGAAUCAAAUCAGCUGACCAGACACGUCACUGCAACGUCACGUGACACUUCUGAAGAAGGCAGCAGAGCGCAGCCGAAACUGUCAAGAUGGUGAAAAAAGCCCCUCUUGCUGUGAGGUGAGUGCUGACAUUGGCUCUGAAGUGGACCUGAUGCUCAUUAAAACCGAGGAAACAACAGACUGCAGAGAAAUGCUGAUUUUAAAGAGGCCGACGAAGAGCUCUGCAGGUCUUGGAAACACUAAGCUUAAUUGCCGUUGUGGAAACGUUGUUUUGGGGGGUUCGACGUGGAGAGCUGCCUAGCCAACAGGAAGCCCUCUCUGCUGCUUCUUCAACCUAGGAACAACAGUAUUCCUGAUGCGCCCUGUUACUUGACUUUAGUCAUCGGAUUCCACACUGAUUGAGAUGGGAUUCAUCGACAACCAACCAUCACUGUAACCAGCCAGGCUGUCCACCCUUUGUCCCAACAAUCCUGGACUAGCUGUGACCGUGUGAUGGUGGCAGGUUGACGUCAGGGAUGUGAGCAGACCAGUAAAGAUGACCCUGCUGGCGGGCGAUGGCUCCGACUACGACUACAGUGCCCUGAGCUGUGCCUCUGACACCUCCCUUAACGCACCUCCCCUUCAGGAGGAGGAGGCCCAGAAGGGUGCCUUCUACAAGAGGGCACAGCGGGCCCCUGAGCUCAGCACCACCCACAAUGACACCCUCCUGUCCAGUGCCCGUAAACUCCACGCCAUCAUCAACGUGGGCGGCCUGCGGUACCAGCUGCCGUGGACCACCUUGGAGGAUUUCCCCCUGUCCCGCCUGGGUCAGCUGCACCUCUGCAGCAGCUUUGAUGAGAUCAUGCGUAUCUGCGACGACUAUGACGUCACUCACAACGAGUUCUUCUUCGACCGCAGCCCCUGUGCCUUCAGGACCAUCCUGACCUUCCUGCGGGCGGGGAAGCUGCGCUCCCUCAGAGAGAUGUGCGCCCUCUCCUUCAGAGAGGAGCUGCUCUACUGGGGCGUCCCUGAGGAGAGCUUAGAGUGGUGCUGCCGCCGGCGCCUUCUGCAGCGCAUGGAGGAGUUUGAGGCGAUGGAGCGGGCUGAGGAGGAGGAGGAGCUGCUGGAGGACUUGGACAGUGGUCAAAGGGAGCACGUAGCUGAGUCCAGGCUCAGUCAGUGUAUGGGCAAGCUGAGAGACAUGGUGGAGAGGCCACACUCAGGCCUGCCAGGGAAGAUCUUUGCCUGUUUGUCAGUGCUGUUUGUCACUAUCACUGCCAUCAACCUGUCCAUCAGCACCAUGCCUGCCAUGAGGGAGGAGGAGGAGGCGGGCACGUGCUCCCAGAUGUGCUACAACAUCUUCAUUGUGGAGACUGUAUGUGUGGCCUGGUUCUCCUUGGAGUUCACCCUGCGCUUCAUUCAGGAUCGCAGUAAGCUGACCUUCCUCCGGCAGCCCCUAAACCUGAUCGAUGUGGUGGCCAUCCUGCCCUACUACAUCACCCUGCUGGUGGACAGCACCUCCAAAGGGGAGAAGCGUCUGGGAUCAGGGAGCAGCUACUUGGACAAAGUUGGCUUAGUGCUGCGUGUCCUCAGAGCCCUGAGGAUCCUGUAUGUGAUGCGCCUGGCUCGCCACUCUCUGGGCCUGCAGACUCUGGGUCUGACCGCACGCCGCUGCACACGAGAGUUUGGACUGCUGCUCCUCUUUCUCUGCGUGGCCAUCGCACUGUACUCCCCUCUGCUCUACUUGAUAGAGAACGAAAUGGCCACAACGAAGGAGUUCACCAGCAUCCCUGCAACUUACUGGUGGGCUGUCAUCACCAUGACAACAGUGGGGUACGGGGACAUGGUGCCUAGGAGCAUCCCGGGCCAGGUGGUGGCUCUGAGCAGCAUCCUGAGUGGGAUCCUCCUCAUGGCCUUCCCCGUCACCUCCAUCUUCCACACCUUCUCUCGCUCCUACGUGGAGCUGAAGCAGGAGCAGCAGAGGCUGCUGCAGCGGAGGACUCACUACCUGUUGCGGAGCCGCAUGGCCGGCCUUGGCAGCAACCUCUCCUUAGAGAGCGACAUGCUGUUUCCUAUUGGCUCACCUGAUGGCAGAGACAUGGACGACUGAGACUGGUGGACAGAGAGGUCACUGAACAGGGUGUGAAGAAUGAGGCCACAACAGAGACUGACAGAGAGGAUCCUUCUAAAAAAAGGGGGGAAAAAAGGCUAGAAAGAGACAACACAGAUAGACCAGGGAGAGAGGAGUCUGUAGAUACAGUCGGCAUCAUGUCAGAGUUGGGGGAAAACAAUGCUUUUAUCAAGGCUGUAGGGCUGUAAACAAAUCUAAACUCAGAUGCUAAUGCUAACAACCUACCAUUAGUCACUGCAGUCAACUGGAAAAAAACAAUACAUUAAUAAAGUUACCAGAAUAGGAUCAGACUGUUGUCCAUACUUUAUAUAAUAGAGAUACAUGAUAUUCAGUUUUUGCUAAUAUUCUAUGUGCCAAUAUUUUUUAAUUCACUUUGGCUGACACUAAGGAUGCACAAUAUAAUUCACGAUAUCUGUGUCAACUGUGAUGAAUUUGUAAAUACUGGCGUAUGAGACAUAGGCAGAAAUCUAAUAAUGUGCAUUCUUAGCCAAUAGAAAUGUUGAUAUUGAUAUAUACAUACGUUUCUUUCAUUGCAAGUCUUAACGGUACAAGAAAUGAUGUGAUCCUCUUGCUAGGGCCAUCAAUUUGCUUUUUAAAAUAACAUAAAACAUGCCAGAGGAAAUUUGAUUCAACUAUAAAUGGAAGAAAUUAUUUGGAUUGCAUCUGCAUUGUAAGCGAAAUGUAUUUUUUCAUUGUAUAAGGACCCCAGUUUACCAUACAACUUAGAUGGCCAGCAGUUUUUCCUCCCCUUUUCCAUUAACAUUCUUAUUCCCACACUCCCUCCCUCAGUGGAGUUUGCUGAAUGUAUUUUUUAGAGUGUAAAAAGUGAAACCAGGGGUCAUCAACCACUUUUUCAAGGGCCAGCUUUUUCCUUGAUGGGCAAAUGCUCAAAUAAACUGAAGUUGUUUUUUUUUUAAUGUUCUAAUUACCAUUUUUCUUUAGAUAUGUUUACUUUCUUUUGAAUAUAUGGAAUAUUUUGCCUCUACCAGUGAAAUUAGAUCCUAUACCCCAGCCAACCACAAGGGGGCGAUUGAAAUAUUCUACCUGUGGCAGUCAUGUUGUCCAUCACUAGGUUUGAUCCUAAUAUGCUGUGUAAUGAUCAGUGAAAAAAUCCAACACCUUAAGCCAAAAGUUGACACAGAAAGCGGCAGCUUUUAUCAAGAAUGGACAGAUAAAUAUGUAUUUUACUUGCAUUAUUUUUGCCUGAUUUAAAAAAAAAAAAAAAUCUUAAUUGUCUUUGGAGUUGUUUUAAAAGCUCUAGGGAGUUUAUGAAAAAAAUAACAAUACCCGAAAUACCACAACAAUUUUGUUUCUCUGCACAUUUUCUGAAUUUGAUCAUGUUCUGGGGGGUCAGAUGGGAAGAUGUGGGGGACCUGGUGUGGCCCCAAGGCCACCAGUUUGUGAUCACUGAUUUAAACGAAGAAAUUAGAACAAAAAGAGAAAAAAGUUUGGCUAAGACUUGUCCAUUGAAUCUGCCUUAUACUACACAACUUUUUUGCCCAUUCUGCCAAAAUAUCCACUUCAAAAUUCUAAUAUUUGCAAAUUCCAAUAAUUAACUUUAUAGCUAUGAUCCGUCAAUAAUAUUAUGUGCCCCUAUCAGAAUUAAUGCAUUAAUUAUAAUUAAUUAAGUUCCAUUAUAACUGUAUUAUUUUUUUAAAUUGCAUUCAUUGCAUGCUAUAGUGUCCUUCAGCACUCUUUCGUUAGCCAUGUCAGCGUCUCCCUGCAGCUACAGUGACGUUAAAUAAGUCCACCACAGCUCCUUAAUGUCUCAUUUCACUUUAACCUUGUGUUAUCAAACAUUUACCUUGUAACUGUUCUUUUUUCCUUUUUUGUCCAAAGCAAGAUCCUUUUUCUGGUUAAGUUUAUGUCAUAGUCAUACAUAAAUUUGAUGAUCCUUUCUUUCUUUCAAAAUAAAAGACAGUCUGCAUCCAAACAGAAGUCACCCUCAGGUUAAGAGAGUACAAAAAAAUCCAAAAUGAAAUAAAGAAACUUUUAAAUGCAAAUUAUUGGCAUUUUAAAAUGAGAUUAAAGGGAAGAUUCUUUGUGAUUAACUGCAGAAAUUCUGAGUUUAGUUGCAAAUUUUAAAAAUGUGUAAUUGACAGCCCUAUAAAAGACCAAAAGAUUACACUCAAUGGUCCCAAAGUAUCUUCCCCAGAUAUCUUUGUUACCUGCUUGAAUCACCAACAAACAAUUUCACAUUAGCUGCAGAUAUGAUGAAUUAAAUCUAAGUAUACUGAGGAAAAAGACAAAGAACAACCUAAUAUAUAACCAGUUAACCUCUAAGACCCUGCCUGCACAUGUGAGUAUUUGUGUAAAUACUGUAAAUAAUGUGUAUUUCAUUUUGGCUCUCCUACAAUGUAGUUUUGAGAUAUGCCCACUGAAGUUUAAGUAAUUGGAAAAUUAGCAGUCUGGAUAUAUUGAGGUAUUUUCUUGGAAAUUUUCAAGUACUUUGUGAAGAUUUAGGGGGUAUUUUCAAACAGUUUGGACACUUUCACUGGAAAUUUUGGGAAAGUUUGCUUAAAAUUUAUUUUGACAUUUGGGUGGGAAUUUGGGAAAUUUGUCUUGAUGUUAGGGGAAAUUUGUUUGGAAGUCUUGGGGCAUUUUCAGGGAAAUUUAGGAAAUAUAUUUCUAAUUCGGGGUAACUUAACUAAGGGUGAGGGUUGUCCUUUGAAAUCUUGAAGAAUUUUUAUGGAACUGGCAGGAAAUUUUUUUGGAGGUGUGAGGAAUUUUCUGUCAUUUUCCUGGAAUUUUGGAGAAUGCAUUUGCAUGUAUUUGGGAAUUUGCAAAGAAAUUUUGGGCAAUUUGCUUUGAAUUAUGGUCAUUUUCUUUGGUUUUCAGGGACUUUAAUUGAUUUUUGGGGGAUUUUUUUGAUCAGAAUGUUUUAGCUUUUUGACAAAGUUUCACUGAAACUUCUGUGGAAUGUUUAAAGAAAUUUUGGGGUAAUUUUUAAUGGGAUGCUUUAGAAAUACGUUUAAGAAUUUUCACAUAAAUUUGAAGUGAUAUCUCUGAAAUUUCAGUGAAUUUGUGUGGAUUUUGGAAAGGAACAUUUCCAAGAAAUUCCUUCCAAAGACAAGUCUGAUGUUUUGACUUAUCAGGUCCUACUGGUCCUGAAUAAGUGAGAGAAACUUUAAAUGCAUUCUGAACUAAAGCUCAGGUCUCAGGAGGUUAAUCCAACAUUCAUGCCACCCAUGAAACAAUCCAUCACCAUCUGUUUAAGGUGAACACAAUCAUAGAGUUACAUGUCAUGAAGUGCUGACUGCAGACAUGUUUGGAUUUUUUAUCCCACAGGUGACCAAGCUCAUCCUACCAGCAUGGUUUUCAGCCACAGUGAUCUCCUCUGAUCUUUGCUUUGGUUUGCUAAAAUAUGAACUAAAUAAAUAGAAUAUGAUUUUAAAAAAAAGUUUAUCUGUAGUGCAGAUCACCACACAGCAGCUCUUCAGCUUUGGUUUAAUGGUUUGUUUUCCUCUCAACAGAAAGCUGUGAUGUUUUCUGGACGCUCUCUUCGAUGCCGACUGUUUCUACUCACUAAACACUGAGGGGAAAAUGGCAUUUAUUUUCUUCCCAGAAAUGCAGCCUUGCAUUGUAGCAGAGAACUUCUGAAUAAAAAUGAACAGAGGAGGAAAGAUUGGAGGAUACUUGUCUUAAAAUACAUAACUUUCUCUGGAUAAAAGGAGAAAAUAUCAAAUCUCAAAUAUCAAAUAUCAAAAGUCUAAAUGGAGAAGAAUCUUAAACCUCAUCAAGCACCCAUACAUAACAAUGAUCUACAGUAUUAUAACAACCAUGUAUUAAAUACUCUGUUAUUGAAAUAAAUCAAAUUUUAUCAAUAGAAAAAAUGAAAGAGAAGCACAAACUGUGAUUUGUGUUUUCUAUACUCAGAUGUUUUGUAAUCUUCCUGUACCUCUCAGAUUUGACUGUUGUCACUUUAUGGAAAACCUUUUCUGCUUUUUGUUGCGUUCUAAAGUGUAAUGGGGUUUUUAUCUAAGCAAAAAUGUAACUUUAUUACACUGAUUAUUUCCUAAUUAUCACUCUAAAACUCUGAAAACAUGUCCCAUGAAUGGAGUCUGAUGUUUUAUUUGUCCUUUCUCUGCUCCUCGAGGUUCCUUAUGCAAUUUUUUCAAUAAGUUUGGUUGUUUAUGAUAUCAUUAUUUUGCUUGUUAUUACUG